UCUCCAGCACAGACGGUGGCAGUAUAACAUUAUUACUCAUGCUCUCCCGAGUGUAAAAAAAAAAAAAAAAAAAAAAGGUCAGACAGUCGGAAGUCGAAACCCGGAACAAGUAGCGGGCAAACAAGCGACAAUGGGACAGAAUCAGAGUGGAGGACAUGGCCCUGGAGGGGGGAAGAAAGAUGAUAAAGAUAAGAAAAAGAAAUAUGAGCCCCCCAUUCCCACCAGGGUUGGGAAAAGAAAGAAGAAGACGAAAGGUCCAGAUGCUGCAAGCAAGCUUCCUUUGGUGACUCCCCACACACAGUGCAGACUGAAGCUGCUGAAGCAGGAGAGGAUCAAGGACUAUCUACUGAUGGAGGAGGAGUUUAUCCGGAACCAAGAACAGAUGAAACCGCUUGAGGAAAAACAGGAGGAAGAGAGGUCUAAAGUUGAUGACCUGAGAGGCACGCCCAUGUCAGUAGGAACACUCGAAGAGAUCAUUGAUGAUAACCAUGCGAUCGUGUCUACAUCAGUGGGCUCGGAGCACUACGUCAGCAUUCUGUCCUUCGUAGAUAAAGACCUUCUGGAACCAGGCUGUUCUGUUUUACUGAAUCACAAGGUGCACGCAGUGAUUGGUGUGCUGAUGGACGACACAGAUCCUCUGGUAACUGUGAUGAAAGUGGAAAAGGCUCCUCAAGAGACAUACGCUGAUAUUGGAGGUCUAGACAACCAAAUUCAAGAGAUCAAGGAGUCAGUUGAGCUUCCGCUUACACACCCAGAGUAUUAUGAGGAAAUGGGAAUAAAGCCUCCUAAAGGAGUCAUUCUGUAUGGUGCACCAGGGACUGGGAAGACCCUGCUGGCUAAAGCUGUGGCCAAUCAGACAUCUGCGACGUUCCUGAGGGUUGUGGGUUCAGAACUUAUUCAGAAAUAUCUAGGCGAUGGCCCAAAACUGGUGCGAGAGCUUUUCCGAGUCGCAGAGGAGCAUGCCCCCUCCAUAGUCUUUAUCGACGAGAUCGAUGCCAUUGGAACUAAACGGUAUGACUCUAACUCUGGUGGAGAGAGGGAGAUUCAGAGGACCAUGUUGGAGCUCCUGAAUCAGCUGGAUGGAUUUGACUCGCGUGGUGAUGUUAAAGUAAUCAUGGCUACUAAUCGCAUAGAGACGCUCGACCCAGCUCUUAUCCGUCCAGGUCGAAUUGACCGUAAGAUAGAGUUCCCACUGCCUGAUGAGAAGACCAAGCGCAGAAUCUUCCAGAUUCAUACCAGUAGGAUGACUCUUGCAAAUGAUGUAACCCUUGACGACCUUAUCCUGGCAAAAGAUGACCUUUCCGGCGCUGACAUUAAGGCGAUAUGCACAGAAGCAGGGCUUAUGGCUCUGAGGGAGAGGAGAAUGAAAGUAACAAAUGAGGACUUCAAGAAGUCCAAAGAGAAUGUGCUCUACAAAAAACAAGAAGGGACACCAGAAGGCCUCUACCUUUAGAUUGGCAAUUGUUACGUUUUUGCCUAGUCUUACUUAAAAAAAAAAAAAAAACUAUUACACUUGCUUUUGUUUGUGCUGGCUGUCAUUUCUGUCUCUUGCAAUUAAACUGUAUUACACUUCA